UUCGUGAAACGUACUUAUUCCUUCUCUGUUAUAACUUAGGUGUCAGUGUUUCUAUUAUAUUUUUUUAUCUAUAAGCCAUUUGAUUUAUUUUUUGGGUAUCCAUCCAGUUUACAGCUCCAUAGUGUUGUAAAAAUAAAUUAGCUUUUUUUUUAUAAGAAAACCCCGGAAUGUCAAUUUAGUAGUGACUAAAUGUGCUUCUUCACUAACGAAUUAAAAUGCUUGGCAACGUCAAAAAAUCUGCAUUAUGCUGUGACUUCAAAAAUUGAUGUCGGAGUGUGAUUGUCGAAUAUUCGGGAUUAGUUUUUAAAUAAUCUGAAAACAUUAUUAAAAUUUGUGUGUGACAUGUUAGUUUAGCAUUUAAGAUGGCCUCAAAUUCAACUUUCGAGGCUAAAGUGUUAAUGUCCAAAGGAAAACGUGCUGCAGCAGCUUAUAUACACGCUGAUUGUUCACAAAGAGCUAAUCCCAAACAUCUGAGUGAAGUUUUAGAUAUUUUAUUAAAUCCUGCCAAAGCAAUUGAUGAAUGGGAGACGAUAGAUUGGUGCAAAUGGCUAAUGGCUGGGGGCAGAACCCCAGAUGAAUUCGCUAACACAGUUCGAACUUAUGAUAAUGCAACCACUUGUGGUUUAGUAUGGACUCCCAAUUUUGUUGCAUAUCGUUGUAGAACUUGUGGAAUUUCACCAUGCAUGUCUUUAUGUACCGAGUGUUUUAAAAAAGGUAACCAUCAGAGGCAUGACUUUAAUAUGUUCCUCAGUCAAGCUGGUGGCGCCUGUGAUUGUGGGGACACUUCUGUUAUGAAGGAAACUGGGUAAAUAUCUUCUUGUAAAAUUGUGUGUAGA